ACGGCUGUAAAAAGUAUAUCAAUCCUUCAACUGAAACUCUUUCAAACUAUCGUUGAUUAUGAUUAAAAACAUUCUCUUUAUAGCUGUAUCAGCUGCAUUCUAUUCUAUUCAUGGUGUCUGUGCUUAUGGGAAACUUGGGCAUUGGCUAUCCGGUCGCAUUGCACAAGAACUUUUGAAUACCGAGUCUACUGCUUUGGCUUUACAACUUCUUCCUCAGUAUCAUGGCCAACUUGCAGGUGCUGCAUCAUGGGCUGAUGAAAUCAAAUCCAAACCCGCAUUUAGCUGGACCAAGUCCCUUCAUUAUAUCAAUCCAGUCAAUGACCAUCCACCAGAACAGUGUAGUUACGAACCAGGUUCACGAGAUUGUCCAAACAAUAUCUGUGUUGUUGCUGCCAUUCACAAUUACACGCAACGAUUAAUCUCUCCUCCAAAAGACGAAAAUGUAAUGGCUGUUCGUGAAGAAUCACUCAAAUUUCUACUACAUUAUAUCGGUGACUUGCAUCAACCACUUCAUGUUACAGGUCGCGAUCGAGGUGGUAAUAGUGCUCAGGUUCGGUUCAAUGGUCGCUUGACUUCAUUGCAUGGUGUUUGGGAUUCGCUCAUGUUUGAGAAACGAAUUCGUGAUGACUUUGGUGGUAACAAGGAUAAGUAUGUAGAAUAUAUAGUGCAACAGAUGUCUACAACCUGGCGCAACGAGCUACCUGAAUGGAUCACCUGUCCCAAUACCAACACAUCUAUUCCAGUAUGUCCAGAAAAAUGGGCCAGAUAUUCAAAUAUUGUCAACUGUGUGUAUGUUUGGAAAGACUAUCGACGCAAAUUCGAAAUGUCGGGUAAAUAUUACACAACUGCCAUUCCAGUUGCAGAAAAGUUACUUGCUCAAUCUGCUCUACGAUUUGCUGCUGUAUUUGGUGCAUCUACCAUGGAAAUUGGAAACAACUCAUUGAUCAUUGAUGCCAAGCAACUUGCUACUCCCAUGAAUAAUUUGAAUCAAUGGACCAAUAUCAAUCUAAAAAACACCGACCACCAAGUUGAUUAUGGCUUAAACAUGGAUUCUACACUGGUGAUGAAUUCAGACGAGACGGACUUUAAUCUACCUUUGGAUACUAUGGAUUUCGGUAUCUACAAUAGCAAUGAUGUGCCUUUACUAGAAUCUACUGAAAGUAUCGAUUCGUACGAUAGUAGCGUAGAUAGCAACAGUUUAAUGUUUUUUAUUAGACACGUUAUUGGCUUGUAGAUUUUAUUGCAACUGCUCACAUUUGACAGUGGUUUUGUCCAGCUCUAUUUCCCCUUUUCCACCAUCGUAUUUACGUAAAAUGAAGUUAAACAAGGUAUUCAAAU